AUGAGCGGCUACCAGAACGGCGAUCGCCGCAACGUGGGCGACGACAGCGAUGUUGAGGAGGAGGCCCUUGUCGCCGACUACAAGGAGCAGGUCCAAUAUGAGGAUGGUGCCGAGCUGGAGCAGGUCAACUCGAUGACCAUGGCCCAGCAGACCGACGAUAUUCAGUCGCGCCUCGCUGCCGCUGCUCAGCCCCUCGACUUCUCUGCUCCCCUCGAAGUCAAGUUCCAGAGCUACGACGCCUACUGCAGCCUGUUCCACUUCAUCCUGAACAGCGAGGGGACCCGUCGACCUCGAGCCGCCCUCAGUAGGCAGAACAACAACGAGGAGGAGCUCCAGGUUCUUAAGGAGAACCCCAACACGUGGGGCUGCUACAGCGUGCUCAACGUUCUGUACUCGCUCAUCCAGCGGUCCCAGAUCACCGAGCAGCUCGGCGCCAUGAAGCGGAACGAGGACCCCAUGGCCGUGGCCGGCGAGUACGGAUCCAAGAACCUGUACCGCAUGCUGGGAUACUUCUCCAUCAUCGGUCUCCUGCGGGUGCACUGCCUCCUCGGCGACUUCAGCCUCGCCCUCAAGACGCUCGACGACAUUGAGCUCAACAAGAAGGCCAUGUUCGCGCGCGUCAUGGCGGCCCACUUCACCACGUACUACUACGUGGGCUUCUCCUACAUGAUGAUGCACCGCUACUCGGAUGCCAUCCGCAUGUUCAGCCACAUCCUCGUCUACGUCUCGAGGACCAAGAACUUCCAGAAGAGCGCGCAGUACGACUCGAUCACCAAGAAGAACGAGCAGAUUCGCUGCCCAUCGUUCGAGGAGCUCUUCCGCACGGCGUGCCCCAAGUUCAUCUCGCCCACGCCUCCCGACUUUGAGAACCCCGAGGCCAACAUUGACCCGGUCGAGCACCACCUCUCCAUCUUCAUGGACGAGGUCAAGACCAACAUGUGGAGCCCCACCAUCAAGUCGUACCUCCGCCUGUACACGACCAUGGACCUCAACAAGCUGUCGGGCUUCCUCGACGUCAAGCCCGACGAGCUCCGCGCCUGGCUCCUCGUCAGCAAGCAGCGCACCAAGCAGCUGCGCUGGUCCGAGAACAGCCUGCUCGACGGCGACCUCGUCAACGUCAGCGACCUCGACUACGCCAUGCAGAACGUGAGUCCAGCCCGUUUCGGAGACGGCACUCCUGGAAGAACGAGAGCUAACCAACGACAGGACCUCAUCCACAUUUCCGAGGCCAAGGUCGGACGCAAGCUGGUGGACUGGUACCUCCGCAACCUGUCGCGCACCUACACUUAA